GCUACAACCAAACACUCUUUCGUCUCCAACGACACUACAAUUCACCCAGUUUUCAUAUUGCAAUCUGCAGUUUAAUCUAAGAUGGCAGCUUAUGCAGCUUUGGCUUCUCUCUUGAACACAAUUGAGCAGAUGAUGACCCAUCCUACUCUUUCCACUUCUUUCCACAACAUUCAGAUCCAAUCUCUUCAGGAAAAGGCUACUUUAUUGCUCGAUUUCAUAGAGAUCUUUAAUUGUGGUGGAGUUAGCGAAGAAGCACAGCAUCUCGAAAGCCUAAUCGCAUCUGCAGCUCAUACAGCUGAGGACAUGAUUGAAUCACACAUCGUCAAUCAACUCCUUCCUCUUUCUGCUGAUGAUCGCGAAGCAACUUUGAGUUUCUCGUUGUAUCUACAGAAAAAAACGGCAAUUGAAGAGAAAAAUGCGCCUGCAGUUGGAGAUGUGGAUCAAUUUCAUGGUGGAUCCAACCAAGCAAUUGAAGAGCCAGCACCUUAUGUGGCUGGAGAUGGAUGCUUGGACUAUCUGCGACAGAUAAUUGAAGACAUGGAUGCUCUCAUCCAAAAGGCCAAUGACUUGAAAGAGAAACAGAGAUUGAGAGAGGUCCAACCCACUCAUUCAACAUCUCUUACUCAGACCAGAGAAGAAAGUGGUAUGGUGGGAUUUCAUGAUGAGUUGAUUCGGCUUCUUGACGAGCUCACCGGUCAACGAUCCAAUCUGCAUAUCAUCUCAAUCGUGGGUAUGGGUGGCAUGGGUAAGACUACUCUUGCCAAAAAUAUUUAUGCUAAUCAACUCAUUAUUGAACACUUUGAUAUUCGUGCUUGGGCUACCGUAUCUCAAAAAUACACUGCUAAACAAAUUCUUCAACAACUUGUUUUUGGCCAAGGAAAAUCCUCCGAUAAAAAUGUAGAUGAAUUAGGAGAACAAUUGCAUAAAACUUUAUUUGGUAGAAGAUAUUUGAUCAUAUUAGAUGACAUAUGGAGUGUUGAAGCUUGGAAUAAAGUGAGGCGUUUCUUUCCCGAUAACGGAAAUGGAAGCCGGAUUGUUCUAACUACUAGGUUGUCAGAUGUGGCUAACGAUUGUGGCUAUUCUUGCUUUCGGAAGAAUCUUCUAGAUGAGAAUGAAAGUUGGGAAUUAUUCUGUAAGAAGGCAUUCCAAAAUGAAGAUUGCCCUACUGAACUUGAGGAAGUUGGAAAGGAGAUUGUUAGAUUAUGCAAAGGACUAGCAUUGUCCAUUGUUGUGAUUGGUGGAAGACUUUUAAAGUCUCCUAGGACCCUAAGAUACUGGGAGAAUGUUGUUAAAGAAAUAGAAUCAAGUCCCAACUCAAAAGAGAAAGAAGAAAACUUAGAUGUAUUGAUAUCAAGUUAUAACCACUUGCCUCCUCAUCUAAAGCCUUGCUUUCUUCAUAUUGGAGUUCUUAAAAGUACUAGCAGUGAGAACGUGCGAUGCACGUUUAACACAUGCGAUAUUAUACAGUGA